GUGUGAAUGCAACGCCGCACACGCACACAGACAGCUUGGCACUGAUUUUUGUACCAGCAAGCGCCACCGCGUCUACUUAUUAACUGCUCGUUCUAGUUGUGUUAUUGUCAUUAUUAUUUAUUUAUUAUUAUUUGUAUUUUAUCCUUCCGUUUCUUUUAGUGUUUAUUUUUAUAAUUAACUACGUUGAAACGUUUUACAUAAUACAUUUUUUUCGUGCAAACGAAGUCUUAUUGAUGUUAUAAUAUUGUCCGUCGCGCAUCGGACUAUUUUCAUUCAACAACAGUAAAACACAAAGAUUGCAUAGCGCCCUAUUGAAGGAUGGCGCACGGUGCUUCGGACGAACCUGUUAGCAAAGUGGAAGAAAAGAGACCAAAAGCGCCAGUCGGGUCCAGAAGAAUAUUUCCUCCGCAAUUCAAAUUACAGGUAUUGGACUCUUACCGACAAGAUUCUGACUGCCAAGGAAACCAACGCGCAACCGCCCGAAAAUAUGGCAUUCAUAGGCGACAAAUCCAGAAAUGGCUUCAAACCGAAACAAGUUUACGAUUGGCAGUACAGCAAGCAGUAGGUGCACCAAAGCCUCCUAAAAUGGGAGUUGCAGUAGCUGAGACAUCAGGGUCAGAUAGUGAUGUGAAUGUUGAAGAUUUAUCUGACACAGAAGAUUCUGCUCUAGACUUAUCUACCACAUGUUUAGAUCUCACAAAACGUAAGCGGGAAGAAGAAUUGGAAUUGGAACCUUGUAAGAAGCGAAUCUUAGCACCCAUGGUUGAAACGACUGAACGACCUUUGUAUGUCAGCCCCAUCAGAUAUCCUUAUGUAGAUUAUCCUCUCUAUUAUUGUUGGCCACCUUGCUGCUACAGACCCUGCUAUGUUGAAAGACCUGUUCCUCAAAGACUGACUUGUUCAUUGGACUUGAAAGUAUGUACCUAUGAGCAGAAGGAGCCUUCGCUGUUGGAUAUAUCAUAUCCUCAACAUUGGAACAAACAAGAUUUUAGAUUUCCAAGCUCGGUGUGAAGUUUUAGAAACUCAAUAUAAAACUGAACUAAUACUUAAACACUGAUAAAUAUAUAAAUAUAUGGCUUCCUAUAGGAUUUGAAGUGGUUGUUUGUGCUCAUCACAAUGAAGUAGUUAAAAGAAAAUCAGUGAUAUAAGUAGAAAUGCCAUUUAAUAUCCGUACCAUUUUAUUAUUAAUAUAAUUUUAAUAUAUUGAUUGCUUGCAUAUUUUUAUAUAGUAAUAGAUAUUUUUAACAAAAAUAUAAUAUUAUAUAAAUAUUUCAAUUAAACGAAUUGCAAUAAAUUUAAUGAUACUACAUUAAUCCAUCCAAAACUAUGUAUGGCUGAAUAGUAAUUUUUUUUUCAUUAUAAUAUACUGAAGAUGGUUAUUUAUAAUUAUAUAAUAUAAGUAUAUUAUACUUAAAUUUUUUAUUUAAAACUAUUGGCUUCAAAAGCUAUGGAAUUAAUAUUUAUAUUUUAAAUAUCCAGGCGAAAAUAAUUACCGAUAUAAUUUCUAAAACUGUUGUGAUAUCUACUUAAAACAUGUAUGUUAAGCACAAAGUUAGUUCAAAAAUAAAUACCAAUAAUAUUUAACAUAUAUUAUAUAAUAGAAUAAAAAAAUUUAUAAAUAGGAAUUUUUCUGAUAAAAAAGAAAACUCAGUUUACAAUUUAGAAAUUAAGUCUUUGUAUACUAGGUAGUUUUUAUUUAGUGUUAUAAUGAUAAUAAAUUGUUACGAGUUCCUACAAUAAGGCUAGAUGUAUCAAAUGUCACUAUUAAAUUGUUUUUAAUAUUAUUUGAGCAAAUUUAACAUAUAAUUAAUAUGUGCCAAAAAAUAAUUUAAUUAUAAUUGCUCAAGUUUGUUUGUCUUCCGAAGAAAAUCAGUUUUGUAAUGCUCUCAUAUUUUCUGUAUCGUGUGCCUUAAUUAUAUAUAUAUUUUACAUUAAACAUCAUUAAAAUUUUAUAGUCUGACGAGACUGAUUUUUGCUCAAUUAAACCUUGACUAAAAUUCAUAAUAUUAUA